AUGGGGCCUGUGGUCACCAUCGACGAGCCGGCAAAACUGUCAGCCCUCACCUAUUCUAGUACAUCAUCUCUGGGUCGCCUCGACUCUCUAUCUCUCGAGGUUUUAUGGAUGAUUCUACGUUAUUUGGACAUACGGUCGCCCUCUCGUCUUUUACGCGUGUCUCACCGAGGCAGAGCUGCGGUUGAAUCACUACCGCUACACCGUGAACUCAUGAAAUAUAUACCCAAUACCCUCAAAGCACUUGGUAAGUGUCGACUCCUUUGCUACUACACUGGGCACAACCUGCUGGUUUCUCAAGGAAAACUCCUGUAUGACCUGUGGAAACUUUGGUUCCUUCUUAUUCCUUCCAACUGGGCCCAGUCAAUCUAUGGCCUCGAAACGGAUGACCUCAAGGAGCUUACGGUGUUCAAAACAAUUUCUGGCGUUUAUAAAACAUAUGCGGUAGAAAAAUCACAACGACGACUGAAGCUCCUCCACCGUCAUGCCGCGAUGGAGCUGGCUGAUAUGAAGUUGGAGGAACAGGACAGGGUUCAAGCUGAAUAUAUUGAAAAGGCCCAGAAAGCCAGUUUACCUUGGCCUGAAUGCAGCCGCGUGCCAUAUUGGCCGGAUUCAGACGACUCUGGUUUGGGUGGGGGCCCCGAUGUGAACGGGGUCCGUGAAUUCAUUGGCAUGGAAGCAAUAAGAUUCCCACACCUGAGACCCGACAACACGUUAGAAUACGGCCAUUCAUGUAAAGGAUGCAAGUGGGAAUAUCUGCAAUAUGAAUCAGACCGGGUAUUAUACGAUAUGAGUUUUUUGGGCCAGAAAGAAUAUCAGGUUCCUCAGGCCCUUUGA